AUGUCUGACAAUCCGUGGGAAAUCGACGAGACAAAGAGUUGUCUUGUCUCUAUUGGCAGCCACCGUUUGCAGCUGAGCGUUGCUGGGCCACCCAGAAGGCCAAAGGAACCGGCAAUUAUAAUAAUGGCUGGUCUUACAAGCAGUGUUCUGGAAUGGACAGCUACGAUACGCCUCCUGAGCAAAUUUGUACGAACAUACUCCUAUGAGCGAUCGGGAUUUGGUGCUAGCGACAACCCUCCGCCAGAUAUACAGCCUACCUCCACUAGAAUGGCAGUUGAACUGGAUCUUCUUCUUAAAGCAGCCAAUAUCAAACCGCCGUACAUCAUAGUCGCACAUUCGUAUGCAGGGAUCACGUCACACGAGUUCAUUCACUUACACAAAGAGAAAUCGGAUGACAUUGCUGGCGUUGUCUUUGUUGAUGCGAAUACCGAAGAGUUACCUGCAACCUAUCCCGAUGCAAACGUAUCUGCGGUGCUUGCUGAGCUUGAUGCGCUGCGUAUCCGGUCUGAGAAUUGUCACAAGUUGUCAAAUGUCGAGUGGCAGACGUUACUGGAUGAAGAGACUAAUACAAAACACCAGCAAACUGCUGAUGCUGAAGUAAGCUUCUACAAAGCCAGCGCGCCGGUUCUGAAAGAGAAAGGUCAACUUCAAAUAGGAAGAGCGCCGUUGUUGGGAGAUUGCCCUGUGAGCAUUCAAGCCAACUAUGCACAGGACUUACAAAAGAUAUAUGAUGCUGGCAUAGCUGCUGGGAAUGGCACGGAAACACAAAGAAGUCUGAUGCGUAAAUUGAUUGCAGAAACCAACGAAGCUGAGGCAAGCAUGCAGAAGGAAAUGCUAAGACUAUCUACGCGGUCUCUUUUCACUUUUAUCCCAGACAGCGGUCACAGCAUCCAUAUGGAAAGACCCGAUGCUAUUGCAGAUCAUGUUCGAUGGGUGUUGGAUCAACUGAGUACCUAG